AUGACCUCUCCGCGCCCUUUGAGACCAAACGAGGUUUUACACAUGGUGAUUGGUGAUUUAUCCUCAUGCGAUUUUUUCAACCUGAUGCUGGAAAGCGUUAUAAGAGCUGCCCAUCAGAAUCGCAGCGGCACCAUAGAAAGCAAAAGCAUGAUGCUGCUGGCGUUUGCAGAUGUUAUUGAUAUCGUUGGCCCGAAACCCAGGGCUGUCAGCGCUACAUUUUGCAGCUUAGACAAAGAAGCUAACGAGGUUGAUCUGGCAGUCACCGAGGACAAGGCGCAAUUGACCAACUUUACAGUGCCGCAAGGGCGCGACGUCUCAUUUACGUGCGUGGUCAACAACUUGGGACAAUAUCGGGUUGCAUGGAUUAAAUCAGACUCCAAAGCAAUACUCGGCAUUCACACCCACAUGGUGUCACUUAAUCCCAGAUUAUCAGUGACACACAAUGGUCACAACACCUGGAAACUACACAUAUCCCACGUACAGCUCAACGAUUCGGGCAGUUACAUGUGCCAAGUGAACACAGAUCCCAUGAAGAGUCUGUCUGGCUAUUUGGAUGUUGUAGUGCCGCCUGACAUUCUGAAUCAUCCGGAACAAAACCUUGAGGAGGGUAUUAGCAAUGAGGGCGGCACAAUUGUGCUCAUCUGCAGUGCUACCGGUGUUCCUGAGCCAACAGUACAAUGGAGACGCGAGGGCGCCAAGGACAUAGUCCUGCGAACGGAGACAAGAGAGAAGCAAGUGGUCAAAUCAGUGGAGGGUGAAAAGCUGGUAUUGACAAAUGUACAUCGCACAGACAUGGGCGGAUAUUUGUGCAUCGCCUCGAAUGGUGUACCGCCGUCAGUAAGCAAGCGCUUCGACGUGCAUAUCAAUUUUCCACCGACAAUUAAGGCUGUCAAUCAAUUGCUAGGCGCACCCGUUGAACGUGAAGUCACACUCGAAUGCAUUGUGGAAGUUUAUCCGAAGCCGCUCAAUGGCUGGUAUCGCAAUGAAGGUAACUUAAAGCUGCACAGUAGCAACAAGUACAACAUAUCGGAGGCCAUGAUUAACUUGUACACGUGGCAUCUCAACCUGACAAUACGUCAUCUGACAAAGGCCGAUUUUGGCGCCUAUACUUGUUCCAGCGUCAAUGCGUUGGGAAAAAGCGAAGCACGAAUACGACUGCAAGGUAUGUAUGUAAGAUUCACACACAACUACCAACACACAACGGUGGCAGCAGUAAUGCUGGAGGCUACGAAAAAUCACACAAAUCGUCAUCGCCCGGCAUUGUACCCUCACCGCGUUCGCCCUGGGUGUUCGCCAAUGGCGCUGCGUCACAAAUGCACUUCAGCGCUCAACGACUACUCUUCGCUGCAAAUACGCUUACACUGCUUUACGUCGCAUUAUCCUUGUUCAAAUUUAUAUCGAAUGAGUUGUCCGUGGUCACAGUCACUGCAACGACACUAUGGCGAGCGUAUGGCUGAAGCGCUUGCGAGUAAAUGUGACGAUGACGGCAAGAUAGCAAGGAAAAUGCUGCAUAUGCCCUAG